CAUUAUAAGGCAAAUGUUCGACUUGAUAAAAAAACACGGUCGCCCAGUAUUCGCUAGUCGCGAUGCAGUUAUUUAUCUGUUCAAUAGUUUCAGGUACCUGGGUAUUAACCCGCCGAAUAAGUAUCGUAUUCCAUAUUUCUUUUCCUCGUUCAUUACCUGUUUUAUCGUACUCUUCUCGCCGGUUAUUAGCAAUGUUGGUUGGUUGCGCGAUCGCAAUAAGCUAUCUGUUAUGGAAAUAUUAACUUGCGUACAAGCCUCAUUAAAUAUACUUGCUAUACCAAUUAAAAGCAUCGCUUUGGCAAUGUCAAAAAAUCGUCUUCGUGACAUUGAACCUAUAGUAACGGAACUGGAUAAGUAUUACACACGAUCUGAGGAUAGGGGAAAAAUACGUAAAUGCGGCAUAACUGGUAAUCGACUAGUUUUUGGAUUCGCGGUUGCAUACUUCACGUAUGAAAUAUUGACUGUUGUGGCCGCAUUAGUGGGUGGACAUGCACCGACAUCGUUCUGGAUUCCGAAUGUUGAUUGGCAUAGAUCUUCAUGGGAGUAUUGGCUACAAGUUAGCUAUGAUGCAUUUAUACUUUUAUUACUGCUAUAUCAUCAAGUAGUAAACGACUCAUAUCCGGCCGUUUAUAUAUAUAUUAUACGUACACAUAUACAGCUUUUAGCAGUUCGUGUCGAACGUUUGGGUUAUGAUGAGAAGAAAAGUGUUGAUGAUAAUUAUAAAGAGCUAUUAGAAUGUAUUGUUAUACAUCAGGAAAUACUGAAGGUUGCCAGCAUUGUUGAGCCCAUUAUGUCUGUGACUGUAUUCACUCAGUUUAUUGUAGCUGCGGCUAUACUUGGCGUCACGAUGAUUAACAUUUUCAUUUUUGCUGAUCUUACGACUAAAAUUGCUUCUGUCACGUAUUUUUUCUGUGUACUCCUUCAGACAUCGCCGACAUGUUACCACGCGUCAUAUUUGUUGGCUGAUUGCGAUGAGUUGCGCCUGGCUAUAUUUAAAUGCAAUUGGGUUGACCAGAAUAAACGUUUUAAUAAUUUGUUAAUCUACUUUUUGCAUCGUUCUCAGGAUUCCAUUCCCCUUUUCGCCAUGAAAUUAGUGCCGAUAAAUUUGGCCACUAAUUUGUCGAUUGCAAAAUUUUCUUUUACACUUUUUGCUUUCAUACAAGAAAUGGGUCUUGGUGAGAAUCUAAAGGGUUAGAAAUAAGCAGCUAUAGCAAAUUGAUCUUGGAUUAUAAAAAACUUACUUGUAACCAUUUUUAGUGUCGACGAUUAAAAAAUCUGCACCUAGUAGCUUCUGCAAUAAAAGUUGUAAGGGGAAUACUCUAUGUUUUUCAGAAUAGUAAGGAAUGUAAAAAUCCCAUUGAGAACGCCCCAUUGAAAACGCAACCUGAAAAGAAACAACAAUAAGUAGCUGAUACAGGUUCGCAUUUGACUACUUGCUUGGUUGAAAAACAAAAACAAAUACUGGUUUUGUCAAUAUUUUCUUGUAUGUGCAAUUCGUGUACCUUACUAAUGUUGGAAAACAUAG